AGGCGGGUCUUAAUUGGCCGGGCGGCUGGUAGCGGCUGCUGGGCGCUGGCGAUGGGGUUAAAAGCACGGCGCAGUGCUCUUGGCCUACGCGCUGGCCGGGAACGGUGAACCCACACACUGGACUUGCAGCCUCAGCCGCACGCCAUGGACAGGCGCCUCUGUCUCUGCCGCGUGGCCGUGCUCCCGAGCGGCCUCUUGUUUCUUCUGCUGCUACUAAUGCUGCUCGCGGACCCGGCGCUCCCUGCCCAACGUCACCCCCCAGUGGUGCUCGUGCCUGGUGAUUUGGGCAACCAGCUGGAAGCAAAGCUGGACAAGCCUACGGUUGUGCACUACCUUUGCUUCAAAAAGACUGACAGCUACUUCACCCUCUGGCUGAACCUCGAGCUUCUGCUGCCGGUCAUCAUUGACUGCUGGGUCGACAAUAUCAGGCUAGUUUACAACAGAACAUCCGGGACCACCCACUUUCCUGAUGGUGUGGAUGUGCGUGUCCCUGGCUUUGGGAAGACUUUCUCAUUGGAGUUCCUGGACCCUAGCAAAAGCAAUGUGGGUUCCUAUUUCCAUACCAUGGUGGACAGCCUUGUGGGCUGGGGCUACACACGAGGUGAAGAUGUCCGAGGGGCUCCCUAUGACUGGCGCCGUGCCCCAAAUGAAAACAAGGCCUACUUCCUGGCCCUCCGCGAGAUGAUUGAGGAGAUGUACCACCUGUACGGGGGCCCUGUGGUGCUGGUGGCCCACAGCAUGGGCAACAUGUACACAUUGUACUUUCUGCAACAGCAGCCACAAGAUUGGAAGAACAAGUAUAUCCGUGCCUUUGUGUCACUGGGUGCCCCCUGGGGGGGUGUGGCCAAGACCCUUCGUGUCCUGGCCUCAGGAGACAAUAACCGGAUCCCCGUCAUCGAGUCACUGAAGAUCCGGGAGCAGCAGCGGUCUGCAGUCUCCACCAGCUGGCUGCUGCCCUACAACCACACCUGGUCACCUGAGAAGGUGUUCAUACGCACAUCCACAACCAACUAUACACUGCAGGACUAUCAGCAGUUCUUCCAGGACAUCGGUUUUGAAGAAGGCUGGUUUAUGCGGCAAAAAACAGAGGGACUGGUGGAAGUCACGCUGCCACCUGGCGUGCCACUGCACUGCCUCUAUGGCACUGGCGUUCCCACACCAGACUCCUUCUACUAUGAGACCUUCCCUGAUCGUGACCCUAAAAUCUACUUUGGUGAUGGUGACGGCACUGUGAACUUGGAGAGUGCCCUGCAUUGCCAGACCUGGCAAAGACAGCAGGAACACCAGGUGUCAUUGCAGGAGCUACCAGGCAGCGAGCACAUCCAGAUGCUGGCCAACGCCACCACACUGGCCUAUCUGAAACAAGUGCUUCUCGGGCCCUGAGUCCUGUGCCAGGCAGAGCUGCUGAGUGAGUCAGCCACAGGGCUUCUCUUGGCCUCUGAAGCUGUCAUGGUUUAUCAAUUUAGCAAAGUUUGUGACCAAUCAUUCAAGAUCCUCAAGGGUCUUGGGCUAUGAAGCAUCUGCCAUGGAAAGAACCAUUGCUUAUCCUCCUUCUGUGGCCAUGAACAAGAAAUGAGUAUGGACUCAAAGGACCCUUGAUGAAAAGAAUGCUGCUGAUGGUGGAAUUGUCACUCAGGACUGGAUCUGCACAGUGGAUUGGUUUGCACCUGGCCUCAAUCCCCAGCUCGGGGGCCAUGCACUCCUUUUACCCCUGUGGGCUUCCUACAGUUGCCCAGUGGGUCCUGGACUUCCUGUGAGGUCUGUGCUGAGCUCUGUGACCCUCAGGUGACCCUUCCCAUGCAUCGGCCUCAUACAGGCCUGCUACUAGACAUGGGUGGCUGAAGUUGCUGGCUUCCCUGUGGCCUCAACUGUUGGACAGCCUGGUACCCCCUGCAGGCAGGGGCAAUUUUAUUUUCCAUGGCUCCCAGGGCUUGGGGCAUUCACUUCAUUCCUACCUCUCUGUCCUGCAGUAGCAGCCCAGCUCUUGAUUGGGCAGCAGAUGGCCACCAGGGGCCUUGAUCCCUCUGGUUGUACUGUGGGGUCCCAGUAUUAAAAAAUCUGACUCCCUUGGCUCUGCUCUGGGGUUCAGAGCAGGGCCUAGUGCCAUGGUACUCUGGGUACCUAUGGAAAAGGGAACUGCGAGGCAACUGUCUGCCUUGAGCUGCCCUCUUGUGAACCCCACUGCCACUCUGCCAUAUCGUCUCAGCACCCAGCUGGGCUGGUACAGGGCUGAGAGGUGGGGGGCACUUGCUCAUUACCUUUACCCACUAAGCAGGUCAGGGGUUUUUAGAAUAAAGGGAUGAACCGAGAGAUUGGGGUGAGCCUCUGAGAGAGCCAGGAGGCUAGAUUUCCCUGGGUUUUCUUUCUAACAUGGGGAGGCUGGAUGGGUCUCCCCUUAAUAGCAGGGAUGGACAGUCUGAUCCUGAUUUGGUGGCAGGCUUUAGAUGGGUACCUGACCAGAAGGUGAGUCUUAGGUCCAGUCUCAAAAUUGAAGCCCCAAAGCUGCUGUCAGGCACUGUGCCGCUCUCCUCCAAGGUUUCUUGAAGCUGGAUUUUGCUGUUGUGUAUAUGCCCAGCAUCUGUCUCCUUUUGUCCUGAGUGGUGGGCUCCAUAUGGGGUCUGAGCAGGAUGUACCUCGAGUCUGGCAAUAAAAGUAUUCUGAAUGCUGUAAGGUA